AUGUCAUUCGCCGACUUUUGCAAAAACAAAGUUGACUUAGACUUUGGUUUCUCAAACCUCAACACUGAAGUAAACUAUUAUUUCAAUGCUGCUGGAGAUGCUUGGGACCCAGUUAAGUUCACAUGCGAAAAAUUUGAAUGCAAGAGAAUAGAAAGCAGACUUGCAGUCUAUAUGUUGGACCCAGAUAUUUCAAAUGCUUUAGCUGCCAAAUAUAUUGCAGUUCCACUUAUGUUCCCUAUACACCAAAUAUCUGUCAAAGACUUUGCAGGUGAAGUUGGAAACCAAAGUGCUGACCCAGGUGCAAGAACAGAUAUUGCCUUAACAACUGCAAUGAAACAUGCAGAUACUAUGUUUGUACUGUUCAGACGAACUAUAAAUGACUAUUCUUGUUUCUACAACCCUGGUAUUAAAUAUCAUAUAAACAUAGAUGGCAAAUACUAUCCAAGAGAAGAAUAUUCUACAGUUGAGGAUAUGAGGUCAUACAACUUGACAUUAGAUGCUAUGAACUUUAACAACAACUUCACAACAACCAUUAACCCUGAAAUGCAAAGUUCUAUUAUGCCAUAUGUGAAAGUAUGGACUCAUACAGGAGGUCAAAAAACUCAAUAUACAAAUGGAGACCGUUCAAACUUUUGGCUUGGCAUUCCAUUUGCUGACUCAGAAGACUUUAUGGGUG